AUGUUUCCAAACAUUUCAGUCUUAAAUGAAGAGUUUGAUGAAGAUCAGCCUCGUUUGAUUGCUGUAUCUUAUUCAGAUAUUAAAAAACUGCUGUCUCCUCCACCAGCCAAGAUUUAACCUGAAAUUAUUGUUGAUAAACAUAAGGCCAAAUCACACACGUAUGGAUUGAUUGAAUCAAAGGGAGUAGAAUCACAUCUCAUCAAAAUCAUAUAGAAUAAUGAUUAAGUGGAAAUAUAGAACGUAUUGGAUGAGGUAGAGAACAUCAACAUCCAAUCAAUCAUUGAUCAUAAGAAAUACACUCUCCUUCAUUUAGCAGCCUAUAACAACAACUUAGACACUGUUAAGAUGUUGAUUAAUCAUGUCAAAAAGCAGCAUAAACAUAAAUGUAUGUCAAUUCUUACGGAAUGGGUUAAUUAAUAAACAGAAGAUGGUUUUGUGGCAUUUCACUUUGCAGCCUAUAGAGGAAAUCUGGACAUGAUUCAUGAGUUUGAAAAAUGCGGAGCCAAUCUCUAUAUUCUAAACGCAUAAGGAAUGAAUGGAUUGCAUUUGGCAGCACAAGGAGAUUAACCAAAAUCAGUUGUCUACUUUAAGAAAAUUGGUUUCGACUUCGCUUAAAAAGAUUCUAAAGGAGGAACUGCAUUACAUUGGGCAUCUUAUUAUGGGUGUGAAUUGGCAGUCAAUUAUUUAUUGUCCUUUACAGAUCAAUUUCUAGAUAUUAAAGAUUUAGAAGGUUUAACAGCACUUCAUUUAGCUACUAUGAGUGGCAAUAGCAGAAUAGUUAAGAAACUAUUGCUGCAUGGAGCUAAUCGAAACAUUAAAAAUAAUGAAGGAUAAACUGCUGCCGAUAUUGCUAAAUCCAACUCCUUUUAAUCCAUUUAUAAAAUGCUUACGGAGUCAUAAAACUUCUUUAUUACCUACUUUAGUAUCAGCUAAGGAUUCUAGAAAGUAGACAGAAGCAAAGGUAAAAUGAUCAAAUUUGUUGCUAUGCUAAUUUAUUGUCAAGCGAUUAUUAUAUAUUCAAAUAUUUAUGCUGAAGAAUCUUAUCUAUACAUCAUUUACUAUGGAGUCCCACAACUGAUAAUCUGGCUUUUAUUAAUUUUAAUUUGGCUCAGUAAUCCUGGCAAAUAAAUCGUGAAUUAAGAAAAAUCAGAAUAAGAACAACUGAAAAAUCUAUUUGAAAUUUUAAAAAUAUCAGAUGCCAAAGAUAUAUGUCCUGAAUGUGUAUGUGUCAAAGAUCAAAGAUCUAAACAUUGUGAUAUUUGUUAAUCUUGUGUAUUAGUAUAUGAUCAUCAUUGCCCUUGGGUUGAUAAUUGUAUAGGAUAAAACAAUCAUUUUUAGUUUUACAUAUUUGUAUUACUCCUUUGUUUGGAUAUCACCGUUACUUUGACAUUUCAGUUCUACUUUGUCAUCAAAGAGAUUUAGAUUGAUGGAAGCGUAACAGACUCAUAUAUUAUACUUUUUGUUCUCUCCAUAUUUUCCAUUAUUAUUAUGCUUUUAUUUCUCUUUCCCCUUUGGCUUCUUUUAUACAUUUAAACAAUGAAUUUGUUGUCAGGAUAAACCACUUAUGAAAAGUAUUCAUAAUCAAUGAAGAAGGCUGAGGAUAAGUCCACUGUAUCCUGCAAUAAUUGUUUACAAAUGUGUUUUUAUAACAAAAGGGAUAGUAGAUAGAAAAAGAAACUAAACCAUUAAUCAAUGUAAUUAUAUGACUCAAAUAAAAAUUGA